UUCUUGUUCUUCUUCUUGUUGCUGUAUCGGCGCGCAACGCGCUGCUUAUGCAAAUGUGCUGUGCUGCACUGCAUGUGGCCGUUAGAAAUUGCGCCUGCAAGUUUUAUGAAUGAGUCGACGUCGUCGAGCUUCGGGUCACAGGAUCAGGCGACGGGGAGCAGCAGAAGCAGCAGCAGCAUAGUUAACUCUGCUACAUUCGCACUAGCAACCGCAUUGAAAUGGCCUUCAGCUAUGCAUGCCUCGUGCUGCAGCGCGUCGUUGUGCCGGCUGUGUUGGUCCUGGCUUCGCUGAUGCGUCCGGUGGGCAUCUCGUUUGUGUACAUGCUCAUGUUCUUCUUGUCCCCGUUCAUACCACUGGCGACACGACGCACUUUCAAGGGCUCUGUUACCGCCUUCUUUCUCAUCCUGGUCGCCCUGAGCGCCUUCGUCCUGCUUGGUCACAUUGCGUUGCAGGUGCUCGCAGUGAGCAUCACACUGCCCAUUUACGAUUGCUCCUUUAGCGAGCAGUUGCUGCGACACAUUGGCUUCAUCAGUUUCCUUAAUCUGAAACCCCUGGCCAUUGCUGAGUGGCUAACGCCCGAGGUUUUGGUCUUUGCCACCUCGCUGGGCUCAUAUCUCAGCGUGAAGAAAUUAGCCACACAGACCAUCAGCGCUGAGCAGCUGGAGAAUGGGGAUCUGCCAGAAUCUCAAUCGGAGCACGCGGUCAGCCAGCAGGCGGGCAGCGAUGCCAACGGAGCCGAUGUGCAACAGGCAACGGCAACAACGCCGUUGCAACAACAACAGCAACAGCUGCGCAAACGCGUCUCCAUGAUAAGCCAGCACAUACACUUUGAGGGCUUGAUUAAGAUAUCUCCACUUUUCUGUUUGGCCACAUUGUUCUUUGCGGCCGCACUGCGUCCAUCGGUGCCGGGUGGCUUUUAUUUUCUCAUAUUUCUGCUGGCGGGCACCUACUGGGCAACAUGCCAGACCCUGCAACGUGGCUUUGCUCUGUUGUUGCGUUGCGUGAUGGUCGUCCUUGUGCUGCAUUCGCUGUGCAUUGUUUCCUAUCAGACGCCCUGGAUGCAGGAUCAUCUCAAUCACACCAGCCUGACGGCACGUUUGAUUGGUCUGGAGCCACUCAUUGAGUCCACUUGCUCGCGUGAUAUACGCGUCCUGCUCUACAAUAAUACUUUGACCCUGGACUCGUAUCUGAAUCCAUUUGCUGUCUUUUUUGCCUAUUUUGCCAUGGCGCUGACCACAAAACAUCUCAUCAAGCCCAGGCUGGUGCGUCAGAGCACACGUAAAGCGCGAACACCACAAGCCCUGGAGUUGAGUGGUGCAGCACCACAGCCGGCAAGUGGGUCGCAUGGCAAUGAUAUACAGCUGGACUCGAUGGAUCGUCGCUCGGAACAGGAGAACAAUACCACAUCGAUACUCGAUCAAAUCUCGUAUGGAUUUGUCAGCGUCGGUGGUUUCAUCUAUCAAAACAGCUAUAUAUUCACCAAUAUUCUGAUGAUGGCCUGGUCUAUAGUCUAUCACAGCUGGUUAACAUUUGUGCUGCUGCUGUGGGCCAAUGUCCUGUGGAUGAUACCCAAUCAGCGCAAGGCAAUGAUGCGCUCCAGUCCCUUCAUCGUGAUCUAUGCGGAGUUGCUGCUUGUGGCCCAAUAUAUCUAUGGCAUGGAUCUGAACAACGAUGAGCUACCGACAAAGGUCUCAACGGCGGGUAUUAAUCUGCAACAGAUUGGAUUUGAGCGACCCAUUGAGAAUCAGAUGCGUCCUUGUGUACCACUGAUAGUUAAGACCGCAUUUGUGCUCAUGUUCUGGGUGACAUCGCGACAAUUUUUCAAGGAGAAGCGCGAUAGGCGCAGGAAUAGCACCUUGGCUGAUAUUAUAGCGCCGCUGCAGAUAACUGUUGGAUCGGCGGGAUCGACCUACCUCAUCAACGAUGGCAAGAAGACAUCAAAGUUCCUAAAGAAAGCGGGCGAUGUCAUCAAGAAUCUAUUGGUGCGCCUCUGGAUCUGGCUGCUGGUGUUGGUCAUCUUUUUGUGUGCCAUCACUGGCGAGUAUAUGACGGGUUUUCGCAUCUGCUAUAUGGCAUUGUUCCUAUUCUUCUUGCUCGUCUUUCAAUCAUCGUCCAAAGCGUGGGUCAAGAUCAUGUACGGGUUCUGGCUGUUCCUCAUCUUCUAUGCCAUGUCCAUAUUGAUCUUGAUCUAUACAUAUCAAUUUGAUAAGUUUGACACCUACUGGAAGGACUAUCUCAAUGUGUCCCAAACGCUUCAAGCUGAUAUUGGCCUGAAGCGAUAUAAGACUAAGGAUCUGUUCCUGCACCUGGUAUCGCCGACAAUUAUUGUCAUACUGACUGUCAUCCAGGUGCACUAUUUCCACAAGCGUUUCAUUGCCUCACUGCAACAGCAGCCAACGGCUGGCGGCCAACAGCAACGACCCAAUCCGGCCUUGGAGCCGGCACCAUCGAAGCGUCGUGGCAGCGCCAGCUCUUUGCGCCGCUCGGUUGGACCCACAGCCGAGGCGACCGCUGCUGGUGGUACCAGCACCGAUUUUGAGACUUCAGUGCGUGACUUGGUGCGCAUCUCAUUCCGCAAGAUUAAGAACAAAUCCGAGUACAUCUUCAAGAGAUUCAAGACCGUCUUUUGGCGCUUCCUCGAGCUGCACAUCAUGAAGGCCGUUUACAUCGCCGCCUUCGUCUGCAGCGUCAGCGAAGUUUGUGUCCUGCACAUUGUCUUUGUCGGCUUCUGUGUGCUAGGCGCCACAUCACGUAAGGCCGUCCAAGUGGUCAUCAGUCGUCUGAUCAGCUUCAUUGUCACCAUCAUUGUGCUGUCCAAGAUGAUAUAUCAGAUUGAGUAUUUGGAUCACACGCAAUACAACGUCAUGUGUUCGGAUAAUCGCACUGCGAAUAAUGCCGAGUGGAUCGGUUUGAACAAGGCAAACAAACUUGAGGGCGGUUUAAUGAGUCUGCUGCGCACCUAUAUCAUCUAUAUGGUUAUAGUCACCAUGCAUGCGGUCAUCUCGCUGAGACAGCUCCAGAUGCGCAUCAAAAUCGGCGAGAAUAGCGUCACACAACAGAAGCUGCUCUUCCAGAAUAUAACGCGUGCCGAUGCUGAAAAGGAUUUGGUGGGACUCGUCAAAUAUCUGCUCAACUUUGGCUUUUAUAAGUUUGGCAUUGAGAUCUCGCUGAUUGCACUUGUCUCGACGAUAACCUAUCGUCAGGAUAUUGUCGCAGUGGCAUACGCCUUGUGGCUGGUCGUCCUGCUGCUGCUCAAGCGUUCGCAGUGUGCCAAAAUGUGGGGCAUUUUCCAGGCCUUCUUCGCCGUCUCUAUACUAUUGCAGUAUAUUGUGCUGGUCGGUCUGCCGCCCAGUUGGUGCAUGGUUUACCCUUGGGAUGAUGACGCCUUUGGCGAGAGCAUUCAACGCUGGACAAUGCUGCCGGGCAGCUUGCAUUUCAAUCACGUGCCCAAGCUAAUCUUUGACUUUAUUGUGCUGAUCAUUUUGAAUCGACAGAAGAGCAUUUUUGUGAUUGAACAGCGUUAUGCGACCGCCGAUGAUUAUCCCGGAGGCAGCAAUCGCAGUGUGAUUGCGGACAUUGCGCAACUGGGACGAGUGCCCUUUGAUAAUCCCACUCAUGAUUUCUGCUCCUAUAUACGCAACUAUUCGGAUAUAUUGAAGAAUGGUGUACUCUGUGGCUUCUACUGGUUCACGCUGGCUGUCGUCUUUUUGGCCGGCACGAAUAUAGCGGAUCUGCUAGCGCUGGGCUAUCUAAUUGGCGCAUUUAUAUUCCUGUGGCAGGGUUCCGAUUUUUAUUUGCGACCCAUUACAACAAUCAUCAGUCGCUGGAAAUGGCUCUUGGCCUUCAAUGUCGCAAAUAUUCUGAUCAAGACGAGCUUUCAAAUGGCUGGUUGUUUGUUUAUGACACCAUUGACAACCCACUGCUGUUGGCUGGUCCAUAUGCUUGGCAUUACGUGUACCAGCAAUGUGCUUAAGGAACAGCUGCUACUGAGCGAGGAAGCAGAUCUUCACGUGGGCCCCGACGAGUGUCCCAAAAUCACCCAUCAAAUUGUGCUGCUCUGGGAUGCAAUUUGUUUUGCGUUUAUCAUCUUUCAGUUGCGCAUCUUUAAGUCGCAUUACUUCUGUCACAUCAUUACGGACACCAAGGCCAACAAUAUACUUGCCUCCAGGGGUGCGGACAUCAUUGAGACACUGCGCCAGAAGCAAAUUGCCCAUCGUCAUGAUCACGAGAAGCAGGUGCUGCACAAGAUCAAGCGGAAAAUGGAACGCAUACGUGCUACACAGCAGAAGAUGCUGCGUCCGUUAGACAAACAGACCCAUUUCGAUGGAGAACGCACACCCUUGGAACAAAGUUUGGCUGGGGCAGCACCGUUGGCGCAGCAGAGCAGCUUUGCAUCGUGUCAAGGCUCCAGCUACCAGACACCCGAUGGCCCCAGCUCCAAGAGCAGCUCCUCCUCCGCCAACUCGUCGCCGGCUCGCGCCUCCUUGCUGUCGAGCAGCAGCGCCGAGAGCGUUGAUAGCGCCGAUGCUGCUGUCAUCAUUGAGCCCGAGAUUAAUAUUAUGUUAUGCGAUGAUGCCGUGGACUAUGCGGAUGUGCAAUCCAUGAGCGAUGAGCAAGUGGACCAGCAACCAACGGUUAAAGCUCCAAAGCAACCCGAUGCAAUAACCACAACAGCUCCCACAACGCCUAGCACCGAGGCGCUUUCAGCGCUGCUCACCGAGGGAUUUUUGGAACCGAAACGCAUCUCACUGGGCCUGGCGCCAUCCGAGCAGAGUGCUCAGGCCCCAAUGCGUAGUUUGAUGCCACCGAUGGUGGCAUAUGCCAAUGCUGUCGCCUCCAGUGCCGGCAGCUCGGUGAAUCUGACGCCCAACUUGCGGCGUCAGCAUCGCCGACAGUCGUCCACAACAGCCGCCGUCUCCUGGAACGAAACGGUGUCCAUCAAGCGAUCACCCUUGAAGGAACAACCACAUGUGUCGUCGGAGCGCGAGGAGCUAGUCACAAUGCGUCAGAAGUCGCUGCAUCGACGCCAUCAGAGCAUGGGCAAUGCCAGCUACUCGCUGGACGAGGCACAGACACCGCGACUACGUCGCACCAGCACCCUAACCGGUGCCAGGGAUGAGGCAGCUUUGCUGGCGGCACAGCGUCCGCAUAGCUGGGGACCUGUCGGUACGGCCUACUAUAUGGAGUCGCUGAUGUGCGCCUUCUAUGAGCCCGCACUGCUGCAUGGACCAUCUACACGCGCCGGCGAUUAUUAUAUGUUUGAGGAAAUGGAUGAUAAGUUCGAGCUGGAUCUAAUCCACGAUGAGAUUGAUUUUCUGGAAGAGGAGAAUAUUACUGAGAGUGAAAUGAAAAUGCAGCGACGCAAAACGCUAUACGAUAAAUCGAAAGAUGCACCCACCGAUUUGUUUCCCUCGACCAGCAGGGGCAUCUCCAAGGAACGGGAUGCGGCCACCUUUAGCAGUCCUAAGCCCGUCAAGGAUGUCACCGAUUUGCCAACAACAACGGCAGCAGCAGCACAAUUAUCGACAGCAGCGCCACGGGAGGCCACCUCCAAGGAGACCUCGGAUAGUAAAUCGAAAAUGGAGGUGGAUAGCGGCGAUGUGACGGCCAAGGAUUCGGAUGAGGAUUUCGAUACGAAUCCCAUCAUACGACUGUUGGAGGGCUUCUUGGUCACUUUGACCAUACGCCUGAAUCGCUUCUCGCGCAAUUAUCGCUUUGUCAAUCGUAUUUUGGCGGGCGAGAAGAAAACUCUUAAGGAAUCCAGUUCGCUGAAUCGUUUGGGCCUGUCCAGCGCUGCGGCCAUGUUCCAUUUUCUCAAAUCGAAUCUCGAGAGUGAUGAAAACGGUGGCCAGCCCGUUUCAUCAUCCACACCGCGUCGCUCACAGUUGGCUGCCACCACAACAACAACAACACUACCAACAACAACAUCAGCUUCAACAACAACAGACAAUCUCACAAUUGAACACUUCAGCACACCACUUAACACAAAUACAACAACCACACCGCUCACACCGCCAGAACCACAUGUACAACCACCAGCAGCAAGUACUCCACACGUUGUCGAAGAUAUCAUCGCAAUACCAGUAGAUACCGUUGAUGCAGCAAUCUCUAGAAAACAAUCAAUCAGUUCAUCGCCGCCGAACAAAGGUGCUGGAGAUUUCAAUUUGGAGGAGGAGAAUUUUGCCCAGCGGGAUCAUCAUAUUAUUGUUGAGGUGCUUAUCUCCUCCUGGUAUGCACUGCUGGCCAACACGGAUCUCAUCUGCUACAUUGUCGUCUUCAUCAAUCAGGUGGUUAAUGCCAGCGUCAUCUCUUUACCGCUGCCCAUUAUGGUGUUCCUUUGGGGCACAUUGUCGCUGCCACGUCCAACGAAAACGUUUUGGGUCACUCUGAUUGCAUACACACAGGCCAUUGUUCUGAUCAAGUGCAUCUUUCAAUUCAAAUUGAUUUGGGCCAACUAUCAAAACUUGGCCCAUCAGCCACUAAGGCCGGCCAAAAUAUUUGGUGUCGAGAUGAAAACGCAUUAUGCCGUCUACGAUUUGAUAUUGCUAUUGGUGCUCUUUCUGCAUCGCUAUCUGCUCAAGUCGCAGGGCCUGUGGAAGUCCGGCUACAAGGAUACGGAUCAACAGUUUGCGAAGCCAACGACCAGCAUCGAUGAUCGAGAGGAUAGCGAUAACAUGUCGCAGCCGGAUUCACGACAGCUAAACGAGGAUGCUGCCCAGAAGCAGAGCCUGCAGGUUAGCCAGGUCUCGCUGCCUGGCUCCCCGGAGUACAGCAAGUCAGCCAUCAAUCAAUUGGAACGCACCAAGUACACUUCGUCGUUGCACAAGUUCUUCUUUAGCCUGGUGCACAAAUCGCGUCUAGCUACUGAUGUCUAUGCUUUGAUGUUCCUCUGUGACUUCAUCAACUUCUUUGUGCUGCUCUUUGGCUUUACAGCAUUUGGCACUCAACAAACUGAAAGCGAUGGCGGCGUCCAAACCUAUUUGGCUGAGAAUAAGGUGCCAGUGCCGUUCCUCAUCAUGUUGCUGGUGCAGUUCCUGCUGAUUGUCAUCGAUCGUGCGCUUUAUUUGCGCAAAGCGCUCGUCAACAAAAUCUUUUUCCAUUUCUUUUCGGUGAUUGGCAUACAUAUUUGGAUGUUCUUUGUGGUGCCGGCGGUGACGGAGCGUUCAUUUAAUUCACUCGCACCGCCAAUAAUAUUCUAUGUGAUCAAGUGCUUCUAUAUGCUGUUGAGUUCAUAUCAAAUCAAAUCGGGCUAUCCUAAGCGGAUUCUCGGUAACUUCUUCACCAAGGGCUUCUCGAUGGUUAAUAUGAUCGCCUUCAAAGUCUAUAUGCAAAUACCUUUCCUGUACGAGCUGCGCACCAUACUCGAUUGGGUGUGCAUCGAUAGCACAAUGACAAUCUUUGAUUGGCUCAAAAUGGAGGACAUCUUCUCGAACAUUUAUCUCAUACGCUGUACACGACAAUCGGAAACGGAUUUCCCAGCGAUGCGUGCCCAGAAGAAGGCUUCACUCUCAAAGUUGAUAAUGGGUGGAACUAUUGUGCUAUUGAUUGUGAUUUGCAUUUGGGGACCGCUCUGUUUGUUUGCAUUGGGCAAUGCUGUGGGCACUUCGAAUGUGCCCCAUCAGGUUUCAGUUUCGAUACGCAUUGGACCCUACGAUCCCAUCUAUACGACAAACAACUAUGACAGCAUUUUUCCGAUCAACACCGAGAUGUACAACCAGAUGACAAAUACGUUUAUCAAGAACAAAACGGCACUCACAUUUAUAGCUGGCUACGAUGCAACCGAUGUGGCUGCCGUCAGGUUGGCCGGGAAUUCGCCAUCACUGUGGAAUAUAGCACCACCGGACAAGCAACGUUUGACCAACGAUUUGCGGAACAAUAACACGCUAAUUGCACGCUUCUCGUACUCGUUGACCCGGGAUGCGCCCGCAAAGGGUCUCAAGGAGAAUGUGGGCGAUGAGCACAUAAUAAAUUUAGACUCAUCGUUUGAGGGACGUGCAGCGCUCAUCAGCAUGCUAACCGAGUCGUAUGACCAGCCGGAAACAGGCAAUGACACCGGCAGUAAUAAUGGCGUUAAUGGCACUACUAACAGCAAUGAUAAUACUACAACCACUGCAAAUACCACAACCACCAACAGUGGAAAUGUGUCCAAUGAGGUGGUUGUGGUGCUGCCGCACAUGAUACCCAAGUUCAUCAAGGUGCUGAAUUUGGGUGAUGCAUUCGUGGUGUCUGCAUUGACUGGCAAGGAGCAGGAGUAUCGACCGCUUGUCAUUAAAAUGCAUCGCGAUAAUACCACAAAUGGCCUGUGGUGGGAGAUACGCGACUUUUGCUAUGAUAACUUUUACAAUUCGACGCUUAAGGACUUGCCCUACAGCGACUGCAGUUCGGGCAUUGUGAUGUACACGUUUAACGACAAGAAAUUCCCAUCGACUUUCAGCUUCUUAACAGCUGGCGGCAUCAUUGGUCUAUAUACGACAUUUGUGUUAUUGGCCUCGCGUUUCAUGAAAUCGUUUAUUGGUGGCCAAAAUCGCAAAAUCAUGUUUGAGGAUUUGCCCUAUGUGGAUAGAGUGCUGCAAUUGUGCCUGGAUAUUUACCUGGUGCGUGAGGCCCUGGAAUUCGCUCUAGAGGAGGAUCUGUUCGCCAAGCUGCUCUUCCUGUAUCGUUCGCCAGAAACAUUGAUUAAAUGGACGCGACCCAAAGAGGAGUAUUUGGAUGAUGAUGGCGACACUGACUCGAUACCAAGUCGCAUGAGUGUGCGACGAAACGAGCAGCUGCAGCAACAACAGCAGCAACACCAAUAUCAACAGCAGCAACAACAAUAACAUAGGUCUAAUCUAAAUGUUUGAGUUAAUUAGAGUUUCGUAUACGUAUUUCAUUUUUAAGUACGUAUGUCUUGCGUUAACGUAGGUUUCAUAGUCAUUUUUUUAAAUUUAUACAGCAAUUAGUUAGUAAAAAUAACAGAAACACAAAGAAAAUCCAAACCCAAAUACACACAUCACCCGAAUAAUCACUUACAAUUAAUUACAGUAUGUAUGUAGUUAAAUUUUGUCAAGUACUGCCGUGUGUAAAAAAAAAAAAAAAACAACAACAAAAAUAAUGUGUAAAAGUUAAUGAAAUUGUACACCAACUAAUUAGUUAGUUAGUGCAUCGAAUACAAUACCUAAAUAUGCCUACUGUAUAGGAAUUGUAAUUAACGAAAAGCUACAGUCUAAUGUCUAAUUAAGUGAAAAGUGUUGCUGUUUGUUAAUUAACGAAUUAAAUAGCUAAACGAAACAAUAGAGAAUCUGUAUAAGUUAAUAACUAAGUCAUAUAUACGCAUGUGUGUAUAAAUUAU